GUGAAUGUUGCUUGAGGUAAGAGUCAAUGCAGUAGGUCUCCUAGUUCCUGCCUUCUGGCCAGUUUAUGAGGGCCAAGCAUUUCACAAGGUUUGUUUAGAUCUGCUUACCCUUGCCCUUCCCUCUCUCCCUUUCCGUCACCAGUCAGUCUUCAACACAUUCCUCUUCGCCAAUGCGUACCCUCCUUCCAGACUAUUCUCUUGAUUUUCAAAAAACGGUGUGGGCAGCACUACACAUAUUCUCAAAACCUGGGUCGGACUGCCAUUUCCUACCUCGUACGUCCUGGUGCGUUCGACGUCUCUGUUUGGCCCCAUCCGUGUAGACUCGACUGGCGCACGCGUUUUGACCAGGUACCAGCAAAUCCCCUUAUGGGAGCUACACAUCGUGGCAUCGCUCAAGUCAAGCAUUCUUGAUAGUCUCUGGUUGCUACCCUGUCUUGUUUCAGGAUUACCUCUAUCAUUGUCCUCGCACAACUCUCCCUGGAAUCAACCUGCUGGCGCUCGUAAGAUGGAUUUCAAUAAAGGUAACAUCAGCCACAACUUGCGGCUGCUGCGCAUUGAGGUUGAGUUUCAAAACCAGCCUAUCGCUCGAGACGCCACGCUCAGGCUUAUGAUCAUAUCACCCCCACGUGGCAGCCAUAUCAUGGAAAUACACAUUGAUGGCAAGAUCAUGACCUACCGGUUCCUGCCGUUCAAGGCACGAUGGGACCUCGAUCUACUAGUGAAUCGAUUCCCCAAAGAAGCUCGUGAAGUGUCUCGGAAGUUUUGGGGCAAUGUUAAAGACAAGGUGCUACAGCUGGUGUUGCCUUUGUCCUUGCCGUUGGGUGAGGACGAAGGACGACCAUCCUCCUUCCUCGUCCAGAUGUACCCAGUAAGAGCCAUUCAGAGUCCUUGGCCUCCACAUCCCUGA